AGGCAGGAGCGGCGAGUGACGCCAUCAGGCCGCGACGCCAGAAGGUCACACGGGAUCCUCCGACAUGGCGGCGGCGGCGCUGCGGAGUGGCUGGUGCCGCUGUCCGCGGAGGUGCCUUCGCAGUGGGAGCCAGUUUCUUUCCGGCCACAGCCUCCCCCAUGGCCCAGCCUAUCAGAUUGGCCAGCCAGGUGGAGCACCGACCCUGCCCAGAGCAUACUCUACUGGAAACAGAAAAGGAUUCCUGUCGGGCUUGCUGGAAAACAUCAAACAGGAGCUGGCCAAGAACAAAGAGAUGAGAGAGAACAUCCAGAAAUUCCGGGAUGAGGCCAGGAGGCUGGAAGAGUCCGACGCGCUCCAGGAAGCCCGGAGGAAAUACAAAAGCAUUGAGUCAGAAACCCUGCGUACCAGCGAGGCCAUCAGAAAGAAGCUGGGAGAGCUGUCGGGCACCAUGAAGGAGAGCCUCGAGGAAGUCAGUAAGAGUGACUUGGGCCGCAAGAUCAAGGAAGGCGUGGAGGAGGCGGCCAAGACGGCCAAGCAGUCAGCCGAGUCCGUGUCCAAGGGCGGCGAGAAGCUGGGCCAGACGGCCGCCUUCAGAGCCUUGUCCCAGGGAGUAGAGACGGUCAAGAAAGAAAUUGAUGACAGUGUGCUGGGCCAGACGGGGCCCUACCGCAGGCCCUCACGCCUCCGCAAGAGGACCGAGUUUGCGGGAGAGAAACUCAAGGAGAGCAGAGUAUUCCAGGCCAACGAGGAGGCCCUGGGCGUGGUGCUACACAAAGACUCCAAGUGGUACCAGCAGUGGAAGGACUUCAAGGACAACAACGUGGUGUUCAAUCGGUUCUUCGAGAUGAAGAUGAAAUAUGACGAAAGCGACAACGCGCUCAUCCGGGCAUCCCGGGCCCUGACAGACAAGGUCACUGACCUCCUGGGGGGCCUGUUCUCCAAGACGGAGAUGUCCGAGGUGCUCACGGAGAUCCUGCGGGUGGACCCGGCCUUCGACAAGGACCGCUUCCUGCGCCAGUGCGAGAGUGACAUCAUUCCCAAUAUCUUGGAGGCCAUGAUUUGUGGGGAGCUGGACAUCCUCCGGGACUGGUGCUACGAGGCUACGUAUAGCCAGCUGGCUCACCCCAUCCAGCAGGCCAAGGCCCUGGGUCUGCAAUUUCACUCCCGCAUCCUGGACAUCGACAACGUUGACCUGGCCAUGGGCAAGAUGAUGGAGCAGGGCCCCGUGUUGAUCGUCACCUUCCAGGCGCAGCUGGUGAUGGUGGUCAGGAACCCCAGGGGCGAGGUGGUGGAGGGCGACCCGGACAAGGUACUGCGCAUGCUGUACGUGUGGGCGCUCUGCCGCGACCAGGACGAACUGAACCCCUACGCAGCCUGGCGCCUCCUGGACAUCUCAGCCUCCAGUACAGAGCAGAUCCUCUGAGC